GUAUGGAUGCCGAACAGCAAGUCACUCAAUGUUCCCAACAAUUCCUCAGCCAUCCUAACCGCCAAAAUUUAUCAAAUGUUGACGCUUUUAAAUAUAUUUUCUUGAAAUUUUCAAAAUACUCCUCUUGUACAAUCGCAACUUGCGAUAACCGAGACUACCGAAACGGUCCGUUUAAUGCAUACGAAAUUAAUUUGGAUUCCGUAGACUUCGAUUUUGCUAAAAACUUCGUUCUGGAAGUUACCGCCGAAGAUUGCCCACAAACGAAGCAUAGGUUUUUACUCGUCGUCACCGAGGAUCCUGAUCUUGACGUUAUGAUAGUUGUGAAAACGAUUGGUGUAAAACCUAUAAGAUCAUGUGCGGCGGCUUACUCAUCAAAUCCGUUACUUGUACCUACCGAACACUUGCCAAAGUAUUUGCGUAAACUAUGGUCGCGCUUCGAUACCGAUUUUUUUCGACCGAUGUUUGAACAACCUAUCUACAAUUUACCAAUGUCACAAGGAUCUUCUGGAAGCUUAUCAAGGUGUAGCAGUUUAUAAAUCCAUCGACAUUUACAUCAAAAAAAGAUAAGGCCGAAUAUUUAGAAGAGAAAAAAGGAAGAAGACGAGGCCAAAUUCGAAAACCUCUGCAAAGUGAUGUUAAGAUAUUCUCGAUAAAAAAAAAGUCGAAAAAGUCGUCGUUAGUAACAGAACUAAUUAUGAUGACAUGCCGAUGCUGUUCGUUGCUUUAUCAGCAUAGAAAUAAUCCAACUUCAAUUUCCCCAAAUUCCUAUUUAAAAAAAAUUGAAGUUGAAUUAGAUUACCGGAGUGAGAUUCUUCUGAUUGGUAAGAUUUUUUAAAUUACAGCCGAAGUGUAUGGUAUCUUGUUCUUUACAAUCUGUAGAAAGAAAUUUAUUAUUUGUACUAAAACCAUUGAAAAUAAAGAUUAUUUUUUGCUA